AUGCCUUCAUCGGAAACGGAGUUUGACGAUGAUGAUUAUGACGAUAUUAAUUUGAAUGAUUAUGUGUACGAUAAUGAUUAUGAUGAUCUGUGUGAUUUCGAAGAUACUGCCCGUUUCCAAUCAUUGUACAAAAUAAUCCUGGGAACGAGCGCAUCUGAUCUAUCUGUACUUGAUGAACAUGAUAUCCCUGACAAUUUUAGUGUUCAUCUAGCACUCAAUUCUUCAAAUAAUUGUUCAACGAGUACCGAAUCAUCUGAUUUACUUGUUGAUGAUUCACUUCGAAAGUAUUUAUCGGCACCACCUUUGAUCCGAAAAGCUCUACGUGCAGAUCGAUAUUGUCUAUCACUCGAUCCUGUAGUGGAUGACAAGGGUAGCAGACCCUUAUCGACAGCUGAGCUCUAUGUUGGUAAUUUACCACCAAAUACCAGAUGGAGCGAAUUAAAGAGCUGGUUUGAACAGCUCGGAUAUCUCGCCAGUUACGUUGACACAAAAAAGAGCAAAAGAAACGACACUUAUGCUUUUGUUCGUUUUGAUUCUAUUGCCACUGCUGUAGCGGUAUUUAAUGCAUAUAAUCGUGAAAGUAACAAGUUUACUUUCAAAGGCAAUUCCUUACAUAUUGACCGUCCCAAAAAACAAGCUCGACCACCGACUACGAUGCCAUUGUAUCCAAGUACUAGCUAUAGCAACGCUGCAAAAAAUGACUUUAAAAUCACCAAUAUAUAUUACGGAACACUUAUUACUGGGGCUGCUAUGAGAAAUAUACAUAAAAGAAACAGCAUCGUUUCUAAUCCUGCUGAGUAUGGCAUCGUUGCUCAUCGUUUGACGAACUGUGAUUACGAGACGAAUUUCAGUUUUGCCAUUAAUGUUGACAAGAAAAAGUUCGAAAUUGCCGCUACGGUUACAUUAUUUCCAUUAGAUUUUGUCGAAACUACUACUAAACUCAAAUUUGAAUGGGAUUUCCAAGAUUUAAAAUCUACCAAAAUAUCGCCUGUUCUCGUUAAUGAUAGCUCUGUGUAUCUCCUUAUGGAACUGAAACGACCGCCCAUCAUUAUUGAAACAGGGAUGAUUGACUCUAUGUGUGGUGAUUCAUCCGAAGACAGACGACAACCAGGCACGGGCCUUAUAGGACAUGCGAAUGCUUGGUUAUUUCAAUUGAGCUCAUCAUAUUGGCGUGCAGAGUAUCAGAAGUUGUUCAAAAUACUGCACGAUUAUAAUUUAACAUCCCGACAAUACAAUGAAGACGAUAUUCCUUAUAUGAUCGCAUCGCUGCAAGUUGCGAGGAAUAAUCUGUAUCCCAUUGAACUAAUAUCAAACGAUGAUUGGAUACGAGUAAAUAGAGACAAAGUAGAUGAUUUCCUCGGACGUCGAUGGCAUUCGUAUCCUUUCGAAACAAAAUUUGAAAUUAUGAAGCUUAUUUCCAAACAUAUCAUCACCGUGUACGAUUUGAUUGUUGAUGAACAAGCAGAAAAUAUCUUGCGGUUAUGCACAAUCCAUACACUAAUCGCUCUGACAGAUAAAAUUAUUGAAUUUGCUCCUCGAUGGUUUUCAACAACAGCUGAUUACGAUUGCGAAGAGGAAGAGAUAGCCAAUUCCGAUGAUACAAAUGAACAAAUACAGCCCGAGCCAAGAACGACUGCAACUAUGGAAGGCAUUCCACUAACAACGGAUAAUUUACCCCAUCUUCGAGCAUGUACUACAGGUGAAUCUGUCAAUGCAACAGAUAGUGAAAUACCAUCUGAUAAAUCAAAUAUUAAGAAAACAUUGUUAGCAUCGUCUAAGGCUCCAAUAGGAACAUUCAGUCGUAUGCUUAUACAUGCAUUUGAAAAGUUAUUAAGUGGUCACGAGCUCUACCAAAUACGUACUACAGGCAUAUUUGUAACAAAGCUCGAACUACGAACUGCUAAUAUAAGUCAGUUUCUAAUUCGCAAAAUAUAUGUUACACCCUCAACAAUUCUCUACGAAGGACCUUAUCGUGAAGAGAAAUGUCCUAUUACACGUCAUUUCGAGGAGUAUCAAGAUCGAUUUCUGCGAAUAGCAUUUCGCGAUGAAGAUUAUCGUAAAUUGCACAAUUUUAAUGACAGCAUGUCAACUAUAUAUGAACGUAUUAAGAAAAUUUUAAUCCAAGGAGUUAAUAUAUGCAAUCGUCAUUAUGAAUUUUUGGCUUUUUCAAGUUCUCAACUACGCGAACAUUCUUGUUGGAUGUUUGCUUCUGCUGGAAAUACAACAGCUGCGUCUAUUCGUGCAUGGAUGGGCGAUUUUCGCAACGUUCGUCCAGUUGCCAAACUUGCUGCACGCUUAGGACAGUUAUUUUCAACUAGUGCAAAGGGAAUUAAACUCGCCAAAAAUCAAUUCGAUCAAUUGCCCGAUCGCGAAAUACUUUCACGGAAGGAUGAACAUGAACAUUUCCGGUGCUUGGUGUUCACAGAUGGGAUUGGGAUCAUUUCGCAGGAUUUUGCAAAGCGACUAGCUGAUGAAAUGCACUUAUCUUACAAAUCAGUUUAUCCAUCGGCAUAUCAAAUUCGUUGUGGUGGUUACAAAGGAAUGGUCUGCAUCGAGACACGAAAUCAGACUCCUGAUCGUAAAGUAGACGUCUACUUUCGACCGUCGAUGAACAAGUUCGAGGCAAACGACUUCUCCAUUGAUGUUGUGCGCACAUCGUUGACACCAUCAGUUGCGUAUCUCAAUAGACAAAUCAUUCUUCUACUUUCAUCACUUGGUGUUUCGGAGCAAAGCUUUCUUACUCUUCAAGAUCGAAUGAUGGAGCAGUUAAAAGCAUUGACCGAUAAUACAAGAGAAGCAUGUGAAGCAAUAAAAGAACUAAACGAAUUCGGAGGAAAUGGCUAUCAUACAUAUUUAAUUCAGUAUUUAUCACGAUUGGGUGAACAAAAAGAUCCAUUUGUACAGCAGUUACUCCUGGCAUUCAAAAGUUUUCUCGUGAAAGAAUUGCGAACAAAAGCGAAGAUUCGUGUGCCAGAUUCAUGGUGUUUAUUGGGUGUCGUUGAUGAAACCGAUACAUUAGAAUACGGUGAAGUAUUCAUUCAAAUCGAUAAUAGUCAUCAGAAAUGUGACAAUCCAACGCAAAUCAUUUUCACAGGUGACGUUAUUGUGACCAGAAAUCCAUGUUUUCAUCCAGGUGAUAUUCGAAAGCUCAAAGCAAUCGACAUACCUGCUUUGCGUUGUCUGAAAAAUGUAAUUGUCUUUCCGAUAAAUGGACUUCGACCGCAUGCCAUGGAAAUGUCAGGUGGCGAUUUGGAUGGUGAUACAUUUUGGAUAUCUCGUUAUCCGGAUUUAAUUUUUCAGAAAGAUAAUGAAGAACCAUUUGAUUAUCAAGAACAAGAAGAUGAAGCUAACGCUGCACAUCAGAAUGAUUCAGUACAAAAACCUAAAGUUCCGUUUACAUACAAAGACGUGUGCAAUUUCUUUGGAGAAUACAUUGCUGCGGACAAUCUUGGUAUGAUUGCCAAUAGUCAUUUAGUUUUCGCUGACCAGUCGCCUGAUGGGGCAAAGAAUGAAAAAUGCCUUACGUUAGCUCGAAUGCACAGUGUGGCAGUCGACUUUGCAAAGAAGGGUGUCAGUGCACCUCGGCUUACAAAAGAUCUUCGUCCUCAAGAAUAUCCUCAUUAUAUGGAGAAGAAAGAUAAACGAAGCUAUCAUUCAGAAACGAUUCUUGGAAAGCUCUAUGAUAAGAUAAAAGAUUGUAAAGCUGAUCUGUACAUCAACAGGGACGAAGAGAUUGCAGCAGCGUCUUCGUUUCCUUAUAACUUGUUUAUUUUCAAUCAAUCUGAAGAGAAUCAAUACAUAAAAGAAGCUCGUUUCCUUAAAAUAGGAUACGACCGAGAAUUGAAACGACUAAUGCGACAAUAUGGCAUCAAAUAUGAAGUAGAAAUUGUCUCAGGAUACAUCCUCAAAUUUACAUCCAAACAAUACGCCAAAGAAACGAAAUUGUUCGAUUUAAAAAAUGAAAUUGCACAUGCAUACAAGAUCAUACAAGACAGACAUAUACGUCUGUUUUGGCAACAAUUUUAUCAAUCAAAUGAUCCAUCGCAAGAAGAACCACUGAACUGGUCGGAAAUAUCAAAAGCAUUGAGUUGGGCAAAUCAAAUAACUUAUUACGACUUUAUCACUAAACAAGACAUCAAUGACGAAAUUAAAAAGAAGGCGUCAGCUUGGUUUCGUGUCACGUAUGAUCCAUGGAUAGCGUACAUGAACAAGAGUCGGAAAAAGCGACAAGAAGAUGUUCACCGCCGAUAUGAAGGCUUAUUCAGCUUUGCAUGGAUAGUGUAUCCAGUUCUAUUCUCAAUUUAUGAUGUGAAUAAAUCCGAUCCAGAAUACAAUAUUAAAUCCGAGAAAAAGAAGAAGAAGAAGAACAGAAAAUAA